CGGCUGGCGCCUCCCGCGGGGCGGGGCCGUCGGUCCCUUGUUGACACCGCCUUCCUGCCCCUCCCCUCUCGGUGCCCGGGCGGCCCGCCCCUCCUUCCUGGAGUCACAGCUGAAGCGGCAACGGCGGCGGCACGGAGAGGGGCGGCCAAGUGGCCCACGCGACACGCGCCGGGCCGGACCCUGUGCUGUGACUCGCGCGGCUCCGGCGCCUCCUGCCCCCGCGGCGGGACCGGGCUUCCCGCGGCGGGAUGUUCUCCCGGAGGAGCCAUGGGGAUGUGAAGAAGUCCACCCAGAAGGUGCUGGACCCCAAGAAGGACGUGCUGACCCGCCUGAAGCACCUGCGGGCGCUGCUGGAUAAUAUGGAUGCAAGUGAACUCAAGCAGUUUUUUGAGACCAACUAUUCUCAGAUAUAUUUCAUCUUCUAUGAAAAUUUUAUAACACUGGAAAAUAGUUUGAAAUUAAAAGGGAAUAAUAAGUCACAAAGGGAGGAGCUGGACUCUAUUCUCUUUCUUUUUGAAAAAAUACUACAGUUUCUACCUGAACGCAUUUUCUUUCGAUGGCAUUACCAGAGUAUAGGCUCAACUUUAAAGAAGCUUCUACACACUGGAAAUUCUGUUAAGAUAAGAUGUGAAGGAAUCAGGCUGUUUCUUCUGUGGCUUCAAGCACUUCAGACAAACUGUGCAGAAGAGCAGGUGCUGAUUUUUGCUUGCCUCGUGCCUGGUUUCCCAGCAAUCUUGUCCUCCAGAGGACCCUGUACUUUGGAGACACUCAUCAAUCCGAGCCCUAGUGUAGCUGAUGCAAAGAUAUAUCCAGAGGAAAUCACUCCACUCCUGCCAGCCGUAUCAGGGGAAAAGAUUGCUGAGGACCAAACAUGCUUUUUUCUUCAAAUACUGUUGAAAUAUAUGGUUAUUCAGGCUGCAAGCUUGGAGUGGAAAAAUAAGGAGAAUCAAGAUACUGGUUUUAAAUUUCUUUUUACAUUGUUUCGAAAGUAUUAUCUUCCUCAUUUAUUUCCAUCAUUUACUAAGUUAACAAACAUCUACAAACCUGUACUUGAUAUUCCCCACUUAAGACCAAAGCCAGUGUACAUUACCACAACUCGAGACACUGAAAACAUUUACAGUACAAAAAUUCCAUACAUGGCAGCUCGUGUUGUUUUUAUUAAGUGGAUUGUAACUUUCUUUUUGGAAAAGAAGUAUCUAACUACAAUACAAAACACUAAAAAUGGAGUUGAUGUAUUGCCUAAAAUCAUGCAGACUGUUGGUGCUGGUGCUGUGCAAGAGAGGGCACCGGAGCUGGAGGGUGGCGGGCCUGCAGAGCCAGACAAGAACCAUUCUAACAGCAGCACCUUGUCGGACCGGAGGCUCAGCAGCUCUAGCCUCUGCAGCAUUGAAGAAGAGCACCGGAACGUGUAUGAAAUGGUGCAGCGCAUCCUCCUGUCAACGCGAGGUUAUGUCAACUUUGUGAAUGAAGUAUUUCGCCAGGCAUUUUUGUUGCCUUCCUAUGACAUAGCUGUAACGAGAAAAGUAGUCCAAGUGUACAGAAAGUGGAUCCUCCAGGACAAACCUCUGUUCAUGGAGGAACCAGAUCAAAAGGAAGUUACCCAAGAAGAUGCUGAAAAAUUAGGAUUUUCUGAGACUGACAGCAAGGAGACUGCACCUGAAAGUUCCGGUCAUAAGCGGUCUUCCAGUUGGGGACGAACAUAUUCCUUCACGAGUGCGGUGAGCAGAGGGUGUGUGGCAGAAGAGGAGAACAAGAGCGUGAAAGCCGGGGCCCAGGCUGUGCUGCAGGUGUUUUUGACAAAUGCUGCAAAUGUGUUUUUGCUGGAACCAUGUGCUGAAGUCCCCAUACUCUUGAAAGAACAAGUUGAUGCUUGUAAAGCUGUUUUGAUUAUUUUUAGGCGUAUGAUAAUGGAGCUUUCAAUGAAUAAAAAGACAUGGGAACAGAUGUUGCAAAUACUGCUCAGGAUAACAGAAGCUGUCAUGCAGAAGCCAAAGGAAAAGCAAAUAAAAGACUUGUUUGCCCAGAGCUUGGCAGGGUUACUGUUUAGGACACUCAUUGUGGCCUGGAUCCGAGCAAACCUCUGUGUGUACAUUUCUCGAGAGCUCUGGGACGAAUUUCUUGGUGUGCUGUCCUCCCUCACACAGUGGGAGGAGCUCAUAAAUGAGUGGGCCAACAUCAUGGACUCCUUGACAGCAGUGCUUGCAAGAACUGUUUAUGGAGUGGAGAUGACAAACCUACCUCUGGACAAAUUAAGUGAACAAAAGGAAAAGAAACAACGAGGCAAAGGCUGCGUUCUAGAUUCUCAGAAAGGAACCACUGUGGGGAGAUCCUUUUCUCUCAGCUGGCGGAGCCACCCAGAUGUGACUGAGCCAAUGAGAUUUAGGAGUGCCACCACAUCUGGGGCACCAGGAGUUGAGAAAGCAAGAAAUAUCGUUCGCCAAAAAGCAACUGAAAUGGAAGAAUGCCAGCAGUCAGAAAAUGCACCUGCAGUCGAGUCUGGCCACCUGGUGGCAGAGCAGCAGCCGCGGUUCCUGCGGAGCAGCAGCACGCCUGAUGUCACCGAGCCGCUGCGCUCUGAGCCCGCCCCGGGUCAAAGGAUAGAAAAUGUACAGAAUUUGAGUUCUUCUGAGCCAAAGCCUAUUCAAGAGAAUAAGGGACAUGUGAAGAAAGAAUAUGAAGGAAUAACAAUCUUAGUUCGAAGAAGCAGCAGCUCCGCCGAAUUGGAUUUAAAAGAUGAUUUGCAGCAGAUGCAAGGAAAAUGCAGGGAAAGACAGAAGAGUGAAAGUGUCAGCAGUGACACGGCUCUGGGCUAUAACAAUGAGGCCGAGUUGUCCAUGAGCUCAUGGCAGACCUGUGAGGAAGAUGCAGACCUGAACACUCCCACAGAUGUGGCUGACUCCGAUGCCCGCCAUUGGUUACAACUGAGUCCCGCCGAUGCUUCAAACUUAACAGAUAGCAGUGAAUGCCUUGCAGACGACUGUAGCAUAAUCGCCGGAGGGAACCUCACUGGUUGGCACCCAGACUCUGCUGCUGUGUUAUGGCGAAGAGUCUUGGGAAUCCUCGGAGAUGUGAAUAAUAUCCAGUCGCCCAAGAUCCAUGCCAAAGUUUUUGGCUACCUCUAUGAACUCUGGUAUAAACUAGCAAAGAUACGGGAUAAUCUGGCAAUAAGCCUGGAUAACCAAACUUCUCCAUCUCCUCCGGUCUUGAUCCCACCACUCAGAAUGUUUGCAUCAUGGCUAUUUAAGGCGACGACAUUGCCAAAUGAAUAUAAGGAAGGCAAACUACAAGCCUACAAACUGAUCUGUGCCAUGAUGACCAGACGCCAGGACGUUCUGCCAAACUCAGACUUCCUGGUGCACUUUUACCUGGUGAUGCACCUGGGAUUAACCAGCGAGGAUCAGGAUAUCUUAAAUACCAUUAUAAGGCACUGUCCGCCCCGCUUUUUCUCCCUGGGUUUGCCUGGCUUCUCAAUGCUGGUGGAGGACUUCAUCACGGCUGCUGCCAGGGUCCUCGGGACAGACAUGCUGGCGGCCCCUCGUUCCGAAGCUCUCACCAUUCUCGGUUCUCUCGUCUGCUUUCCCAACGUCUACCAGGAGAUCCCUCUGCUGCAGUCCGUGCCAGAAGUUGGUGAAGUCAUCGCAGGAACCGAAGAUGUCAAGCAUUACCUCAUAAAUAUUUUACUGAAGAAUGCCACAGAGGAACCAAGUGAAUGUGCAAGAUGCAUUGCCAUUUGCUCCCUCGGGGUCUGGAUAUGUGAAGAACUUGCACAGUGUACGAGCCAUCCUCAGCUGAAAGAGGCCAUCAAUGUGAUAGGUGUCACUUUGAAGUUUCCUAACAAAAUCGUGGCUCAGGCAGCUUGUGAUGUUCUUCAGUUGCUGGUUUCCUACUGGGAAAAGCUUCAGACGUUUGAAACCUCUCUGCCUCUGAAGAUUGCAGAAAUCCUUGUGGCCACAAUUGCUUUUCUUUUACCAAGUGCAGAGUACUCCUCAGUGGAAACAGAUAAGAAGUUCAUUGUGUCCUUGCUCCUCUGCCUCUUGGACUGGUGCAUGGCAUUGCCGGUGAGCGCUCUGCUCCGCCCGGUGUCCACGGCGGCCCUGGAGGAGCAGCACUCACGCAGGGCCCCUUUGCUGGAUUACAUCUACAGGGUUCUGCACUGCUGUGUUUGUGGCUCAAGCACAUACACCCAACAGAGUCACUACACACUGACCCUGGCUGACCUGUCAUCCUCAGAUUAUGACCCCUUCCUGCCACUGGCAAACGUGAUGAAUUCUGAGCCAGUCCAAUAUCACUCAUCAGCAGAACUGGGCAACCUGCUGACUGUUGAAGAGGAGAAGAAGAGACGAAGUUUGGAGCUGAUCCCUCUUACUGCCCGUAGGGUGAUGGCCCACCUGGUGAACCACCUGGGACACUUCCCCCUCCGUGGGGGCCCGGCCGUGCUGCACAGCCUGGUCAGUGAGAACCACGACAACACACACGCGGAAGCCUCUGAGCUCUCCUCCGAGGUGUUCAGGAGCCCGAACUUGCAGCUGUUUGUAUUUAAUGACAGCACCCUCAUCUCCUACCUCCAGACUCCCACAGAAGGCCUGGCAGGCGGCUCACCAGCGGGGGCUCUCUCGGACGUGAGAGUCAUUGUAAGGGACAUCUCAGGGAAGUACUCUUGGGAUGGGAAGGUGUUGUAUGGACCUUUGGAAGGCUGCUUAGCACUCAACAGCAGAAAUCCUUCAUUUCUGAUUUCGGGCUGGCAUCAUCAAACAUUUGGACCUCCGAGAGAUUGUUCUCAAACUGAGGAGGGAGAGGAUGCCCUCGACAAAUUACUUGAAAACAUUGGCCACACAAGUCCUGAAUGCCUUUUACCAUCACAGUUAAAUCUAAAUGAGCCUUCCCUACCCCCAUGUGGAAUGAAUCGUGACCAAGAGAAGGAAAUCAUUGAGGUCAUUUUGCGCCAGAACGCACAAGAAGCCGAGCAUGUUCGGAGGAGUAACUCCGAUUCGGCCAUGAGAGUCAGCAGCCAGGAGCAGCCCUCACCCGUGGAGCCCCGAGGACCCUUUUAUUUCUGCAGGCUGCUGCUUGAUGACUUGGGAAUGAAUUCUUGGGACAGAAGGAAGAAUUUUCAUCUAUUGAAGAAAAAUUCAAAAUUAUUGAGAGAACUAAAAAAUCUGGACUCCCGUCAGUGCCGUGAAACGCAUAAAAUUGCAGUGUUUUACAUUGCUGAAGGUCAAGAAGACAAGUGUUCAAUCCUCUCCAAUGAAAAAGGAAGCCAAGCAUAUGAAGACUUUGUUGCUGGACUUGGAUGGGAGGUGGAUCUCUCAACCCACUGUGGGUUCAUGGGUGGACUUCAGCGCAACGGCAGCACAGGACAGACCGCCCCUUACUAUGCUACCUCGACUGUGGAAGUGAUUUUCCACGUUUCAACUCGGAUGCCAUCAGACUCAGAUGAUUCACUCACCAAAAAGCUUCGUCACUUGGGGAAUGACGAGGUCCACAUCGUCUGGUCUGAACACUCCAGGGACUACCGCAGGGGCAUUAUCCCAACCGCCUUUGGAGACGUUUCAAUCAUUAUUUACCCAAUAAAGAAUCACAUGUUCUUUAUCACGAUAACGAAGAAACCAGAGGUUCCAUUUUUUGGGCCUCUGUUUGAUGGAGCCAUAGUGAGUGGGAAGCUACUGCCAAGCCUCAUAUGUGCCACGUGCAUCAAUGCCAGCAGGGCCGUGAAGUGCCUCAUCCCACUCUACCAGAGCUUCUACGAGGAGCGAGCCCUCUAUCUCGAAGCCAUAAUUCAGAACCACCGCGAAGUAAUGACAUUUGAGGAUUUCGCAGCCCAAGUCUUCUCUCCGUCUCCCAGCUACUCCCUCGGUGGAACGGAUUAAAAUACGUAAAGGUCUCGUUGCCAUAUUUGAGCAAGGGCCCUGGCCGCCAGCCUGAGUGCCUACCUCACGCCUCUCAGCCGGGAGAUGGCCGAGCCCCCAGCCCCACCAGAACCUCCAGACCCAGAGACUCCGGACACUGCUGGGCUGGUGCCCUCAGAGGCCGUCCUGCCAACCGGCUCCUGAAGUGAAGACAAACCCCGCGGGAAAGUUGCCGAUUGGACUUUCAGACCAGGCGGUGUGGUCUUGCCCCCCAACCGCACGAACCUGGGCCUUCAAAUGAAGAAAAGAAAAAGUCAGCAACAAACAGAGACCCAGCAGCCCUGGCAUGGGCGUCGGUGAGGCUGCUCCCGGCAGGCACCGCGGAGAGGAGCCAGGCUUUGGGGGAGGGCGCAGGACCACUGGGUUCUGUACCAGGUUCUGUCCUCGUCGAUAAACCCAAGCCUGCUUCACAGAGGGGCCUGCAAAGCAACUGUGCAAUUGAUUGAGGAAUUUUCCCUGCCUUGAUUUUCCUAGUUCUUACGUUAGAAUUCAUGGUCUACUCAGAAAUUUCAUCAUCAAGGAAAUGGGCUUUCCCUGGGGUCUUUGCCCAGGCAUUUCCCUCAGGGGCUGUUUUGCCACCUGGUGCCUGUGGCCCACUAACUGGAGAGGCUUUCCUGAGCGUCCUGGAGGCACUCUGUUGCGACAGUGACACUCCUGUCACGCACUCAGUGUUUCCAGAAAUGCAGGGCCCUGUCCAUGGGGAGCUCCAUAGGCCAGGGAGCUCCCAAGGGCCCACUCAGGGCCCAGCCUCGCUGGUGCUGGGGGAGGGACUUGCACCCUGCGAUGUCCAUCCGCCUCCAGAGGCUGUGCCCGCCCUGAGCUGGCCUGCCCGCUGCCCGGAGAGGGCCACGCAGGGGCCUCGGAAAUGCUUCCCAUCACAGAGCUCUCGGGUAGCAGAUGCCAAGCAAGGAUUUGCGGGAUGCACAGUGCGCCUAUUUUUAAAAGGAGAAAAAGAAAGCAAUGGAAAGCUCAACCUUCCGCCAGCAUUUUCCCAGCCCCUGCUGGGGUCUGUGGGUGUGAGACAGAAAUCAAUCAGUGGGGACACCUUUGCCUCUCACCUGGGCCCUCGCCCGUCUCAGUCUGGAGUCUGGCCCACCACCCUGUGCAGUCCUUACCCGUAAGGUGGUUUCACAGCCCACAGGCCCAGACCAGAGUAAGCCCCCGGCUCAGGAUGGGGUGGAGACGGAGUGGGGGUGGGCAGCUGCUGGCCGAGGCCCCAGGCAGGAGCUGGGUGGGCCAGCAUGGGUGCUCUCCCUCUCUCCUCUGCCCUCUGCCCUGCACCCAUGAGUGUUGCCCCCAGCCUGCUUUGUCACGUUUCCCGUGAGCCCUCUGAGCCUACUCGCCCCGUCAGAGCGUCAGAGCAGCGGUUCCAGCCAGCAGCUCUUUCUGUCAGCCGGCGGGUUGGGGUCCUGGUACCUGACUGGAGGAGAGACAGGCAGACCCAGGAGCAGGGCUUCCUUUGGGGACAGUUGAGAAAGGCUCCCGCGAGGAGGGCGGGCCUUCUCUUCCAGAGGGAACUUGCUCGUCUGCGUGCUAGGGGACUGCAGGUGCGGCUGGAGGCCCAGGCCCGCGACAGCACCCAAGCACCGUCUGACUGUGAGAGAAUGAGGAAUGCUCCGAGGCAGAAGCCGGCCGGAGCCCUGGUCAUUCGGGGCUGUUCCAUAGGCGGGCCUGUGUUCGCCCCUCGGGCCGACUGGCAAUGUAAAGGGUGACUGGGAGUCACAGCAUUUUCUGUUGUCUCAGCAAAUGUCAGGAGUUUUAUCUUCCUCUCCCCCCACACAGACACCUCCUUCAUGAUGUGGACUUUCUGUUCGCAUGGUUUGGCCCAUCACUCACACUCCAGACUGGGGUUGAGUUGCUUUUUUUUCAUAUUUACAAAGUCCCCUGUUCCUGCUGAAAAGGCCACUGCAUGUUCCUGGGCUUGGAAACCCACGGAGGCCCCGAGGGGAAGUAGCUUCUAGAACAGUUCACCUUCAGGCCCUAGACGCCCCCACAGAAGACUUGGCUUCAGUCCCAGUGAUGGGACUUGGAAGGCGUGUUGCGCUCCCCUGGACUUCCGCGCCCUGGUUCCGUUUCACCUCCAGGACCCAGUCCUCCUGGCCCGGCAGCGGGAAACUCCGUUGUAAGUUGCCAAUGGCUAGGCCUUCUUGCCAUCCCUGAUGAUUCCAGGGGCCCUGGGACUUCAGCUCACAACCGGCGGUUUUGCAGCUGGAGCUUUUCCUGCGCUGUGGUCUGAAGACGCUGAGUGGGGGAGUGGGGAUCUGCAGCCAGGUUUGCUUGCAAUCAUGUGGACGUGAAUCAUUUUGUUAUUUGGGGUGGAAAAUUGAAAUGAUCAAGUCUUUUUUUUCUUUUUCACUUAGAAAAGCAAAUAUUAUGUUUUGUAAUAGAUGCCUUUCAGCAAAAUUGGGAGGGUCACGCAUUCGGUGGGGACCCACCUGAGUCAGAUUAGUAGGGCGGCCAGCCAUCCGUACACAACCGUGGCCCUAAUGGCCCCAAAUGGAUAAGACUCGAUGGCUCCCAGGCAAGACCAGGCCGGUUCCCUCAGUGCUCUGCACGCUGAUGUCCUUCAGUCUCACUGAGUAGGUUUUUGUACAUAAAAAAAAAAAAUAGUAAUGCCACAAAAUGAUUACGUCUUUAAAAAUAGUAAAACCUUAAGCACACAGAAGUGAGGAAAUUUAGCUUGAGUCAGGGACGCUCACAGUGUCUUGGUGGAAUGAAGACUGCAGUUCCUAAGAUCCGCCGGAGGGGGAGGGGUUCACCCUUCACUUUGCCAGGGGCUCACUGAUCAGAUCCUCCGCCUGACAAACAAGAUCAGGUGGAUCCACAGUCAUACAAAUCACAUCUUCCCCGCCUUCCUCAGCUGCCACCCCCGUGCUUCACUGACUGUGAUACUUGUAUCACCUGGAGUUUGAGGAGUCCUUUAAAACGACUGUGAUGUCUUACAUGUAACCAUGCUACCUUUACGUCUACUGAAGCGGAAUGUGCUCAUCUGAAGGGAAAUUCAACGUAAACAACCACCGUCUUAGUUGCACUCAAUCUCUAUGUAUGACAUACACCCUAAGUGAAUGUUUUCUUAUAUUUUCAGGCCUACAAUAUUGAGUACAUGUAAAUAAGGAAAAAAUUUGAUACAUGUGGUAAUUUAAGGUAUAGUGUGUUGUUUGAUUUUUAUUUUGCUGUCUCUUAUUUAAUUUUCCUGAUGCUUCACAUCUGGGCUUAUGCCCGUGGGACGGUGGAGACCUUUAUGUGUAACUCACCUUCACAGGCUAGUGUGUUGUGCCGGACACCGCAGCAAAGACCCACCCGGGGAAGCACACAGCUCCACGGAUGCCGCCACUGGACUCGAGUUGACCCUACUUUUCUCCUUAAUUAUGAUUUACUGUGAUGAUUUAAUGAAGUAGAAACACAGCACUUAUGUGCCAUAUGUUUUGUUUUGUUUUCAUUAUAGUUUGUAAGAAAAUAAAGUUUAUCCUGGUAUCUAACAAAA